UUUGUGUUGGUUGUCGUCGUCGUCGAUCGACAGCAAAGAGGCGGCAAAGAAUACGAGUCUUGUCAUUGUUGUUGUUAUUUAGGGUUGUUGGAUUGGAAGGCUUCCCAACACCCUCUUCAUCGACUGCUUCGACUGACCCGUGGAUUCGCCUCGCUUCCUUCCAUUGCUAUAUCCUCGACUCGAUUCGCGGUUGUUCGUUCGCGCUCUUCGCUCCUGCCGCUAUGAAGUCGGAACUCCUCAGCAUCAUCAGGACUGCGGCAUGUCUCGAUACGUCAUCUGCGGAUACUGGGAAAGGGCGGAGUAAGUUGUCAAGUAAUCAAGUAUCACAUGGAUUCCACUUGGUGGAAGGGAAAACAGGCCAUGACAUGGAAGACUACCAUGUAGCUGAAUAUAGAAAUGAAAACAAUCACGAGCUUGGUCUGUUUGCUAUUUUUGAUGGUCAUAUGGGGGAAAGUGUACCAAGUUACCUGAAAGCCAACCUUUUCAACAAUAUACUAAAAGAGCCUUUGUUCUGGAGAGAUCCUCAGUCAGCAAUGAAAAAUGCUUACUCCUCCACGAAUAAAUAUAUUCUUGAAAAUUCAAAGCAGCUGGGACAUGGAGGUUCAACAGCAGUUACAGCAAUUGUGAUUGAUGGCAAAGACUUGUGGAUAGCAAACGUAGGUGACUCCAGAGCUGUUGUGUGUGAAAGAGGUACAGCAAAUCAACUAACCAUUGACCACGAACCCCAUGCUGAGCGAAGUAGGAUUGAGAAACAAGGCGGUUUUGUAACGACUUUUCCUGGUGACGUUCCCCGUGUUAAUGGCCAACUUGCGGUUGCAAGGGCUUUUGGUGAUAAAAGCCUCAGGGCACAUUUAAGUUCAGAACCUGAUGUAAGACACAUCCCAAUAGAUUCGACAAUCAAGUUUGUUAUACUUGCAAGUGAUGGAUUGUGGAAGGUGAUGAAGAAUAAGGAAGCUGUUGAUCUCAUAAAAUCUAUAAAGGAUCCCCAGGCUGCAGCAAAGCGUUUGACAACCGAGGCAUUGGCAAGGAAGAGCAAAGAUGAUAUUUCAUGCAUUGUGAUUCGUUUCAGAUGCUGAAGCCUACAGCACAAUCUUUGUGGAAAUAUAAUUUAGUCGGGAUUGGUUUUGGCCAGAAACCUGCACGCUUGCAUGAAAUACAUAGAUUGUUAGGGUUGGGGUUGCAAUCUGUCGCCUUUGUGCAUAUAUUAGAUUUCUUUUUCAUACAAUACAUAGAUUGUAUUUAUCAUCAUAGAUUAGUUAGAGUUCCUUUUCGUUUUUCCUUUUGCAUGUGGAUAGAUUGUAAUAAUCAUAAUAGUAUUGCAAUGGAUUUUGAAGGAAGCUGGACUUGCUUGAUCUAUCUA